AUGACCUCGUUAACAAGUGAUGCCAAAUCCUCGGGCAUUUGGCUCAAGAGCAGCUCGUUGCUAUCCAUGCCACUCUCCUGUGACUCGCUGUCUCUAAGUAUGGACUCGAUGCCGCCGGAACUUCGCGGUGACCCAUUGGUGCUGCGCCGCACUUUGCCACUGGAUCUGUGCGUGGUGGAGGAGCAACAGGAGUACCGUUUUUACGGACUCGAGCAGGACGGAGCUCUGAGAUCUGGCGGACCCGUGAAGCUAUUGUCACGACGUACAGUUGGUCUCUUGCUGAAUUAUUUUUGCGUCGGCGCCUUGUAUGGAGGUAUCUACACUGCGAUUAUGCCUUACUUGAGCAAGUACCUCAAGCUGGAGCAGUACCAGAUUCAAGCCGCGUCAAUGGUGGUCAACACGGCGUGGAAUUGCAAAGCUCUUGGCGGCUUCUUGACGGAUAGUUUGCGGAUAGGUGGCUACAGGAGAAAACCGUACAUGAUUAUCGGAUGGCUAUUGUGUAUCGGGUGUAUGUUGUUUCUCGGGGCGUUCGAAACACCUGCAGCUGGGAAUGAACAAGUGGCAUGGAAGUACAUGCUGUUCACGUCUUUGGGGACGUUUGGUAUGUGUUUGGCGAAUACGGCAGCAGACGCCAUGGUGGUGGAGAUCGCACAGCGAGAACCAUUGUCAACACGAGGACGUACGCAAGUGAACAUGUUCGCAGCGAGGAUGACUGGUGUGACUAUCAUGAGCCUAUUUGUGACCGGGUCACUCGAUCAGUCGGUUUAUGAAGGAAGCCGAUCGUGGUCAUUAAGUGUAAAUCAGGUCAUGUUUGUUCUUGCAGCGUGCGCAAUGAUAUCGCUUAUAAGCUCGAUCUGGUUGUGUCACGAAGACCCGAAAGUUCAGACGGUGCCGGUUCUUGCCUUUGCAAAUGUCGUAUCAUGCUCAACAGCGCCACAACGGAGUCAGCCAAAUACAUCCCCUCUCGAUCCACCACUGGGUGUUCACGACCGUUUUCAGCUCGUUUGGAAACUGGUCCAAAGUCGCGCGAUGUGGCGUCUCUUGAUGUUUGAGUUGGUUUCGGGCUUCUGUGUCACGAUCGAUUCAAGUGCAGCACAAGUGAUUGAAGUGAAUUGGAUUGACGUGCAUAGCUGGCCAAACACCGUAGCAAGAGCGGUGUGGAGUUUGGCCUUUGUUGGUGGUUUAUUUGUCACUCAACAAUUUCUGCUGCGUAGUGAUUGGCAGCACCUUUACUGUAUCUCGACACUCUGGUAUGUGCUCAUCGAUGUCAUCACCGUGGUCUGCUCGGUAUUUGAUAUCGUGCGAAAUCAUACUUUCUGGCUGAACAUGCGCGUGCUCGCAGCACCGGUAACGGCAAUCCGAUUUCUGGUUAUGGUAUUCCCCAUCGUCGAACUUGCACCGCGCGGGAUCGAGGGCACAACUCACGGCCUCGUGAUCACAUUCCGGAACUUGGCCAUCCCGUUCGGUACAGCAGUUUACAAAAUGAUUGGCUCGCAUUUCGCAAUCUCGGCUGAGGACCUACGUCGUGACUCGCGCUCUACACGGCUACAGGUCUUUUAUACGUACAUUAUCGCGUGGACUUUCCAGCUCACGAUUCUCGCGUUCAUCCGGUUACUUCCGCGCCAGAAGCUCGAGGUGCAGCAAAUGCGCUACUAUGGCGGCUAUAGCUUUUCGGGGGGAUGGCUUGUGGCUAUUGCGCUGUUUGGUGGACUAACUUAUGUGGGCGCUGCGAACAUUAUGUCAUUUUUUGAGCGUACAGCUUGCUUUCGAAUGGCUGGAGGCUCCGGUUGUGAAGGUCAAGGAUAA